GUUCUCUCCAUCGGAUAACACGAUUUGACUGUGAACAUUGCAGGAAGGGGGAGGGGGUUACACCGUCCCACUCGCGAUCGCACGAUGAUUAAAAAUCAGUGAAGUAAAACUGCCAGAAUUGUGAAAUAUGGAAAAUAUUGGAGAUAUUUCAACUAUUCCCAUAAUGGAGAAACAACCAGUUAUAUUAGGAAACCAGAAUAGUGGAACAAUGUCAGGCACAGCACCUGCUCUUUAUGUUCUUGUGAAGCAGACCACUGGAAAAGCUGACCAAGGAACCUUGAUUUCAAAUCAGGAUAACUGCAGUCUUCUCAGCAGUGCCGCAGUGCCAAUGAAAUCUAAGGCAAAGUCGUACCUUCCAGCUGAUUGCACUUCAGGAAACAUCACUGUUAUUCUUGACAACAAUAAUAUGUGGAAUGAAUUCUAUCAUCGCAGCACAGAAAUGAUUUUGACAAAACAAGGGAGACGAAUGUUUCCAUAUUGUCGUUACUGGAUAACAGGACUAGAAUCCAACCUCAAGUAUAUCCUAGUCAUGGAUAUUUCUCCUGUUGACAACUUCCGCUAUAAAUGGAAUGGUCAUACUUGGGAGCCCAGUGGAAAGGCAGAACCCCAUGUGCUGGGAAGGGUAUUUAUUCAUCCUGAAUCACCUUCUACUGGUCAUUACUGGAUGCAUCAACCAGUAUCUUUCUACAAAUUGAAGCUUACUAAUAAUACACUGGACCAGGAAGGGCAUAUCAUUCUGCAUUCCAUGCACCGCUAUUUACCUCGACUACACCUGGUGCCUGCUGAAAAAGCUACAGAGGUUAUCCAGUUGAAUGGUCCUGAUGUCUGUACUUUUACUUUUCCACAGACAGAAUUCUUUGCUGUGACUGCCUAUCAAAACAUCCAAAUUACGCAGCUAAAAAUAGACUAUAAUCCAUUUGCUAAAGGAUUCAGAGAGGAUGGCUUGAGUAGUAGACUUCAGCGUGAUGUGAAGCAAAAUGGUAGCUCAGAGCAUGAAGGCAAUAGUGUUACUAGUUCUCCUAGCAAUCACAGACAUCUCCCUGAAGGGGACAUUUUGGAUCCAGCACGGAGAGGACUAGAGCCACCACUUAGUGGGAUAUGUGACCCAGAUCUGGAGAGAGAGUCCUUUAGUCCAUAUCAUGACUUCUUACAUCUCAUGGAGACAGAUGUGCAUGCAGUUGAUGAUCAAAGGUUAAAGGAAGAAGCAUCAGAAAGUCCAAUAUCUAGCCCUUGUCAAAAAAUGUCGUAUGUGACAUCCCAGCUCAAUCCAAAGGGAGGAAUCAGUGUGUCUGUUAAAGAAGAACCAUUAGAUAACUAUGAAUAUGGACCUCUUACUUGCAUGGAAGGGGUAAGUGUGAAGCAGGAAGAAACCAAUAACAUUGCAGAAGAAUAUUCCAAUAGUGAUGAUUCCAUAUUGGAGCAGCAGCUGGAGAAAUACAGUAAAAUAAGCAAAAUGGAUAUUGAAUUGCACAAGGAACAACAAAUAAGCCAGUUGGGUGUUGCCAAAGCAAAAAUGCUAAAAUUGGAUAGUGGGAAGAUGCCUGUAGUUUACCUAGAACCCUGUGCGAUAACCAGGAAUACAGUGAAAGUCUCUGCUCUUUCACAGGCCUUAUUGUCAGCUUCUAAGAAUGAAAAGUCUCCACUGAUUCAUUCAUUAGAUACUUUCUCUGCUCAUUUUGAAAAUAAUGGCAUCUCUAGCCCUUUUGCAGCCAAGGAAACAAAAAAGAUUACAACUGAUAAAAUGGUAUCUGAAAAGACAGCACCACAGAUUCCUUCAGAAAGCGAUAUGCUAUGGAGAAAUACUGAAACAUACAGCAGUCUCACUACAACAGAGAAAGAAUCUAGUUGUAAUCUCAAGGCCACUGCCACCAGCAGCCCUUCUUUAGCUAAAGUUAUCUUUGAUGAGCACAAGACAAAUGUGCUGAAGACUCACAUUUCUAGCAAGAGUAUUGCUGGCAAUCAAACUGUUGGGGUGUCAGGCCCAAGGAAAAGAGGAAGACCACGGAAAAUAAAGCUACCUGAAGCUGAGAGGCCACCUAAAUACAUUGCAAAGUGCAUCACAACAAGUAAUAAUGCCUCUUUGGGAACUGGUAGUACUCAUUUGGAUGUUAAACCUGAUCUUGAGGAUGUGGAUGGAGUGCUCUUUGUAUCCUUUGUAUCCAAGGAAGCACUUGAUAUCCACACUGUUGAUAGAGCUGAAGAAAGAGAAUUGCAAAAUACACUGAACAAUUCACUGACUACAUGUAAUCCAUGCACUGAUUCAGAUGGUCAAAGAAUACAACAGCUGGAAAAAGAAUUGUUAGAAGAUUUAAAGUCUUUUAAGUACAAACAAGUAAUACAUCCAAGUCUUCAAGAAGUGGGUUUAAAAUUGAAUUUUGUGGACCCAGCAAUGAGCAUUGAUCUGAAGUAUUUGGGUGUGCAGUUGCCAUUAAGUUAUUCAGAUGGGUCUACUUCAUGGAAAAAUGUAGGAGCUGAUUCCAGUUCUGCUGAUGCUGGACUUCACUUUAUUUCAAGGACUGGAAAGACAAAUGACAUCACAAAAAUAAAGGGUUGGCGAGGAAAAAUUCAUAAUUCUUCAAAAAAUGAAGGCAUCAUUUUAGAAGGCUUGUUGAAGAAUCGAUCUGCCUUUUGCAGUGACAAACUUGAUGAAUACUUAGAAAAUGAAGGAAAGCUGAUGGAAACAAGCAUGGGAUUUUCUCCUAGCACAUCUAGUUCUCCUGUGGUUUAUCAGCUUCCAACUAAAAGCACCAGCUAUGUACGGACAUUAGACAGUGUUCUAAAAAAACAAUCCACUGGUACUAAUUUGAGUUCUUACACUUCCAAGCCUCUUGGCUUACCUUCUAUUUCUAAAAAGAAAAAAGAGAAAAUUAAGAAUAAAAAGCAAGCAGUCUCAAGAGGCAAAGAAAAAUCUCCCCACAAAGGUAUUACAGGUUUAUCUGUUGCAAAAAAGCAGAAACGCAAAUUAGUCUCGGAAGAGAAAGCUUCUAAAUCUCAGCCAAAUGAUCAAACAGUUAAUGAGAAAGAUGCUUCAAUGAUGUUGGGCACAGAGGAAAGUUUGCAGAGCAAACAGAUCACUGUGCGUCAAGUGCAGCAGCAACAGAGCAGUCGCUUGCCAACUUUAUCCAAGACUCAAUUGAAACUGCUGGAUUUAGAAGAUUGUGCAUUGUGGGAUGGUAAACCACGGACAUAUAUUACAGAGGAACGAGCUGAACUAUCUUUGACAAUUUUGUUGACUGCUCAGGCUUCACUCAAAAACAAACCCAUUCACAAAAUAAUAAAAAAGAAAGCACCACCAUGCAACAAUGAUUUUUGUCGGCUUGGGUGUAUCUGUUCUAGUUUAGCUCUUGAAAAACGUCAGCCAACACACUGCCGCAAACCAGAUUGCAUGUUUGGAUGUACUUGCCUAAAAAGAAAAGUUGUCUUAAUUAAGCACAAAAAGAUCCUGGAGAAGCCUCUGCGAGGGAAGCAUAGAUUAUAUCAUGAAAGAAACCAGGAACAACAAACAUGCGUAAUAGCAAAAGAUGAGCAAGAAAAAAUGAAACUAAAAGAUAAGAAGAGGAAAAGGAAGGUUGAAUAUACUAUUUGUGAUACAGAGCCAGAAAUACCUGUUAAGAAUUUUCCAUUGUGGGUAAAAAAAGAGGGAGAGAUGGAUCCAGAACCAAUUUACAUCCCAACACCAUCAGCUGUCGAAGCAACAAAAAAUGUGAUGCCACCUAUUCCAGAGAUCUUACCAACUGAUAAUAAGCCUGCAGCAACUGAAGUUAAUUCAGUGACCAGUGGAGCCAAGCCAGCACGAGUGUAUACACCUAAACCCAAUCCAGUGAUUCGAGAGGAAGAUAAAGACCCUGUUUAUCUAUAUUUUGAAAGUAUGAUGACUUGUGCUCGUGUGAGAAUAUAUGAAUGGAAAGUGCAGGAGAAAAGACGGCAGGAGAAGUGCCCCUGGAAUUGUGAAAAACAUACUGAAAAGGAGCAUGAUGCUGAAUCCCAGCCCCUGAAAAUUGAAGAGGAUAAAGACCCAGCUGAGAAAAGCUGGUGGUUUUCCUGUAGUGCUGGGGAUCCAUCCACUUCUUAUGUACAUCAUAUUACUCCAGAUGGCAAAAACAAACUAAUUGAGAUUAUUUCUGAUUGCAACUGGGAGGAGGAUCGUAAUGAGAUCUUGAAUAUCUUAUCACAGCAUAUCAAGAAUAAGAUGCCUAAAUCGCUCAAAGUAGGGAAUUUUCUUAUUGAGCUAGAAUCUGAAAGUAAAACCUGGGAUGAAAAGCGCACACCUAUCUACUCCUCACGAAUGAAAAUCUCUGUGCCACCAUGCCAAAACAAAACCCAAAACCCUCCUGUCGCUGUUGAGUCACCUAAUGCUGGAUUGUCACCAUGCAAAAGGACAGAAAAAAUGAUUUUAACGCCAGACAUAUUACAGGAACAGAGGAAGAAAGGUUUGCCCUUUUAUGCAGGACUUUCUUCUGCAGGAAAGCUGAUUGCUAACACAUGCAAAUAUGACUUGAAUCCCUCAGGUUUGAUUCAGGUUAAUGGUAAAAAUUCUCCUCAAGCCAAACUUCUUUUGGGACAGAUGGGAGCUCUGCAUCCAGCCAAUCGUCUAGCUGCUUAUCUCACAGGUAGACUGCAACCAACAGUGCUUGAUCUCUCAACAGUGAUCUUCAAGAUAGCACCCAACAAUAAACUUGCUGCUUCUGAGUCACUGUCAACUGAAGUGUCCACAUCAGAAACAUCUAAAACUCCAUUUUCCAGUGAUACUGCAUCAGUCUCCGCUGCUCAUGUCUCAGCACAGAGACAGAUAGCUCCUCGGCUAUUACUGGAUGGUAUGACCUCUCAGUUGGUUAUAAAUACAGUUGGAGGUCUACAGAAGAAGGCUCCUGAAAUUAGAUCAUCCCAACCUCUGACAGGACCACAGAAAUUUAAUACCAAAUCUAUCCCACUUUCUGCUGGUUCAACUGCAGUUGUUACUACAGCUGCUACAAUUUCUGUGGCAUCACUUCCUGUAACUAUUCCUAGCCCUUUACAGAAUUACAAUGCCACCUAUCCUUCUGACAUUGCUUUAACAAAUACUGUUGGAAGACAAGAAAUGAAUACAUCCUCAACUACAGCUACUGUUGAAAUAACAAAGCCAGUUACAACCAUGGCUUUUGCUAAGUCUUCAACUCCAGUUUCUACAGCUGUAUCCACAGUUACUGUGACCUCACCAACUUCAUCAGUUGGCUGUGUUCAUCCUCCUGGACUCUCAGGAAUUCACAAAAGCCCUUUGUCAAAUCAAAAACAGGGUGCGACAAGUCCUGCAGGUUUGCCUCAUGGAGCAGAGAAUCGUAUGGGAACACGAUUACUUUUGAUUCCAGUACAUCAGGGUUCUCCUACUUUGCGACCUUCACAAAAUAUGCAAGUUGCUCAUGGCAAAAGAAUGAUUUUACAACCUUUGAGGCAUCCAGGUGCUGUUAAUCUCUACCGACACCCCAAUGGCCAGAUUAUCCAACUUGUUCCCUUGCAUCAACUUCAACCUGCAGGAGCACAGCCCAGUUUACAGCCCAUAAUGCUCCGUAAUCCAGGCUCUGUGGUAGGAAUCCGGUUACCUGGACCUUCUAAGCUUCCUGAAACAUCUGUAUGUCAGGCUUCUGCUGUUUCAUCUGUGACCUCCACUACCCUAACAACUUCAAUUCUGUCCACGUCUCCUUCAGUUUUGUCUGUACCCUCAACUGCAGAGAACAUUUCUGUUUUAUCUGGGACAACCACUGCAGUAUUAUCAGAAACUCCUACCACCGAGUCUUCUUUAAUGCUUUCCAUGUCCUCUAAUGCUUUAUCCAUAUCCCCUUCUGCUUCACUUUUGUCCAUGGGCUCUACUACUGACAUUCCUUUGCUGCCCCUCACCUCUUCUACUGCGCUUGUACCAUCCUCUGCUGCAAUUUCAUCAUCCCUACCCUCUUCUAUGCCUGUUUCCCCUACCGUUAAGUCCCCUUCCGGUUUGACUGUGUCACCUAUUGCUACUACUUUGUUGCCUAUGUCCCCUUCUAAUAUACCUAUGUCUCCUGUCACUGAGAGCACUUCUGCUGCUCCUGAAUCCCCUGUCAUAAAUUGGACAUUACAGGACAUUAGAACUACAACUGUGCAUCCUGCUGCAGUAACUCAAGCAACACCUGCUAAUUCUUCAGGUCCUGUGUCCCCAACUGGUACUUUGACUCUGAGAAUUUCUCCUUCUGGAAUAAAAAACAAUUCCAAUCAAACAAAUUCCCAGUCUAAAAUAAGAUGUAGCACCAGUGAGCUACAAAGCAAUAUAAAUAAUCUAAUAUCUCUACAGUCAGGCAGUUUUGCUUUGCUUCAGUUUCCAGGGCAGAAGAAUGUUCCAAGUUCCAUUGCAAAGAAAGUUGCAUCUCUCGAGAUUAAGAUUUCGCAUAAGAAAAAUGAGGUCAGUGCCAACAAGUUAGAAGAAAAUUUGAUACGUUCACAAGCAGCAGAAAUUACUGAGUCAGAAAUCACUAAAUUGAAAGAAAACAAGCUACCAUCACAUAACCCAGAGUUCCAUUCUGAAGAGAUAACAUGUAACAGGAAUAUAUCAGAUAUAGUUGAAAAGGAUGCUGAAAUGUUGAAGUUACCAAGUUGCGCUCUCAUGUUACAGGCUAAUAUAAAAUCAGACCACUCCUAUACCAGUGAGAAGCAAAAAUGUGAGGAAAAUGGAGCAUUGGUUAAGGAAAAAAAUGAAGACAAAGAUGCUGAACAUCCCUUAGAUAAAGUUUCAUAUUCUAAGGAUGUUCAUGAAAAAUGUAAUGAAGUUGCAGUUCUUGCCCAUAAUACAUUAGAAGAAAGGUCAAUGCAAAAUCCAGUUACUGCAUCAAAAAAAGCUGAACAAACACCAUUAGAUACAGAAGCAGGAUUGAUUAUUGAACAGUCCUGGUGGAAACCAUGGGGUAAACACAAAAGAAACCUAAAUAAUACUGAAAAGCUGCAAAAAAACCCUAAACCUCUGGAUCCAUGGAAAAAUGAAGAUCCAGAAUUACCAAGAGAGAACAUGAAGGAAAAGUGUGGCUUUGUGGCUAAAGAAAAGGACAAAGAGGAAGUGAGUGAGAAGGAUAAGGUCACUAUUGGAAAAAAUAAAAAUAAUGCAUUAGGAAAUGAAUACCUGGAUAGUGAUCAUGAAAACGUAUAUGAAAGAAAUACUGGUUAUCAAAGUAACUGUAACUCUUCUAGCUAUGAAAAAAGUCAGGAAGAUAAUCAAAAUAAGAACGAUGAGCACAAGAUUAGUAGGACUUGGGACAAAAUAUCCAGACAAUCUUUAGUUGUUCAAAACAAAAUCAGCAUGGAUGCUGAUGAACUUGCAGAGAAAUUAACAAAAUCCAUAGAACAAAAUAUAUGGAAAACCAAGUGUCACAGAAAAAAAUCCUCACCUAUUAUUGACAUUACCCGGGAUGAUACAGAAAAGGAUGAAAAAACAGAGGAAUCUGGUGAUGAGAUGAUUGAUGAAGUAUUUGGAUAUCAAAGUGAGGAUACAAUAAAUGUUGAAACAUUGAAUGAAAGUGAAUCCAGUGAAGCUGAAGAAAAUGUGGACAUUGAGACUGUGGAGGAAUUUUCAGAAAAAUUUAAUAUUGCUCGUUUGAAGGCUACGGCUGCCCAUGCCUUGUUGUCUAAACAGUUGCACCUUGUUCGUAACCAUUCUAAUAAGACGACGACCAAGCGUUAUAAGCAGUCUGAGUUUUCAAAUAAAAAGCUAAAGAAUGAAGAGGAGGCCUUUGCUAACUAUCGGCAAACACAUACAGCGAAUGAACGUCGCCGUCGAAAAGAAAUGAGGGGACUCUUUGAAAAAUUGAAAACAACAUUAGGAUUGCACACUUUUCCCAAAGUUUCCAAGUGUUUCACAUUAAAACAAGCCUUUGAAGAGAUCCAGGGUCUAACAGAUCAAGCAGACAAACUCACAGGACAAAAGAACUUAUUAUUACGCAAGCAGGACAUCUUGAUUCGUAAAGUAUCUGCACUUUCAGGAAAGACACAGGAAGUAGUCUUGAAGAAGUUAGAAUACAUUUAUGCCAAACAGAAAGCAAUAGCGGCUCAAAAAAGGAAGCAGAAUGAACAAACAGAACCUAUGAAGAUGACUGAAACUACGGAGGCUGCUAGUCCUUUGGUGGAAAAUGGUCCCACUUCUGUCCUUAGAGAGGUGGAGCCAGUGGUUUUAUCCAAUCAACGUACAAAACCAUUGAUACUUUCCAGGAAAGGAAACCACGUCACAGGAGACCUACCUCCUUCUAUAACAUUAACAAAUGCCAACCUGGUAGUGACUACAAACGGCCAGGUUCUGGCAUUCAGAAGCUCAUUGGUGCCAAGACAGGUUACUGCCCUGUCUUCCACACUUCUGCAAGCCAAGCUCAAAUCAGAAACUGAGAGCAGUAAUGAGACAGUUCAGUCAGCAGAAAAUGAAGAUUCAUUCUUGAUGCCAAGAAUCGUGAAUGUGACAUCACUAGCUACUGAAGAAGAAACAAAUUUAAAUCUGGAUGCAAAUAAAAGUCCUUAUAUAAUGCUAAAUACUGAUUCUCGGGCAUCUGAGCUUUCCUUGCAAGUUGUAUCUCGAGAGACAGCCAAUCAUAAGUGCAAAGAAAAAGAUGAAGCUUCUGAAAAAGAGCCAAACAUUACUGGAACGCCACAAGAAUUGCUUCAGGAAAAAUAUAGUUUUCCACAAAUACUAAAUGUCUCCAGUUUAAAGGACUCCUCAGAAUCAUUUGGAACAAAGCUCUGCAAUGAAGAAUUAACUGGAAGCCAGACAUCGGCCAAACAGGUAGAUGGAGGAGAAUAUCAGAAGUCAAAUAAUUCCUCAUUGCAAAAGCUACAGGUUAACAAAGCCAAGGACUCUGGAUCAGAAAUGGAACUGCAGCAGGUUGCUUCUGUAAUUCAUGAACCAACACCGGAUACAAGCAGUUCAAUAGAUAUAGAGGAGAAUGAUGAUUCAGAUGAAACUCUGACCUCACUUUUGAAUGAAAUUGCAUUUCUCAAUCAGCAGCUGAAUGAUGAUACUUCAGACAUACCAGAACUUCCCAACCCCCUAAGCUCUGGCUUUUCUCUAGCAGAUACGGAAAGUCGCCAGGAACCAAAUUCAACAGGUGGCUCUGCCUUCCAAUUUGGUACAAUGGGUGGGAAUUUUAAGGAUCUUUCUAUGGUUCAAGACAGUGGUGAUUCCAUAACUCCUCUCUUACUUCACUUGGAUGAUGAUGAUUUUCCUGGUGGUAAUAGAAAUUCAGGAGAGCUUUCAUCAGAAUCUAAUGCUUUAAAAAUCAUGCUGGGCUCUGAAGUAAAGGACAGAAAUUCCAACCUCUUAAAAAUAAAUGGAAAUGGAAAAAACAUGGAAUCCUCCACAAGGACAAGAAGUGUUUCACCUCCCAUUCUACAUAUGAAAACUAAUUUAGAAACGGGCAGCUCUGACAUGUCAUGGAGGCCUAUGCCCAAAUUGGCACCCCUGGGCUUAAAAGCUGCUAAUCACUCAAUAGAUUCUGAUGGACAAGGUACUAAAGUGAUGCCUGCACUGGCACCUGUUGCUUCACAAGAGAAAAAAUUGGCACAGUCAGUGGUUAACCCAAGUCAGGAUUCUAAAGCAACAAACACAAAAACAACUGCAGCAACAAAAUCAAACUUUGUAUAAAGCAACAAACACAAAAACAACUGCAGCAACAAAAUCAAAUAUUGUGGCUUUACCUUCAAAUUUUAAUAAUUUCUUUCUGAGUUUUGAGACUUAAUCUUGAUGUAAGAUACACAUAUGUAUCUGGCUGCUUAUGUUAGGUUGUCAUAUAUUAUAAAAAGUAUGGAUGUAAUUUAUGAAAACAAAUUUUUGUACUAGAGGUUAAGAAGUCAGAUUUAAGAGACUAACCAGACAGAUGAAUAAUGCAGAUGCUUCAUUUAUCUGUUAUUGUGGUAGAACCCUUGUAAAAUAUGUUGAGGCUCUUUAAUCAAUUACAUGUUUCAGAAAAUUCAUUCUGGGAAGAAAAAAUGCAGAACUAAGCUCUUUCCUUCAUACAACUAAUGUAGUGAGAAUUUUAAUUACUUUGCUCAAACUCCAGUGGAGUUGUUCUUAAAUGGCAGGAAAGUUGUCAUAGUUAUUUCCUUUUUAUGACACUGCCACAGAAUAUUUUUUUUUUAAGUAUUUUUAAAAAAUCAGGAAUGUAAAUGGUUUGUAUAAAUAUAUAUAUUAUCAUAUUACGCAUUCAGGAGCUCAGAUUAAAGCAUUUCAGCAACAAAGUAUUUUCUGUAAUACAGCGUUGUUUAAUUUGUGGAGUCUCACUCUAAAGCUAGUGAAAUGUGAAGAUAUUUCAUACUGUAAAAUGAUUUAUAUUUUUGUAUACAGAUUUUUGUAAGUAUGUACAAUAAUGAAAUUUUUCAUCUAAGAAAAAUACUAAAUGUUUCCAAAUGAUUGUAAAUGAUACAUUUUUCAUUAAGUGCAAAGCAUUUGAAUGCUUUGAACAGGUCGUUAUAUGAAAUCUGAGAAUUUAUGCCUAAAUUCUCCUUAAGGAAGCUGAGGUAAGGUAAGGACUUCAUUAAGGAAGGUAAUGGUUCUUGUUGUCCCAAGAUAAAAUGUUAAAGCUUUCUUGAUUUACUUAUAUUUGAAGCUUCCCUCUCUCAUCACAUGGGUUAACUGUUGAGAGUCAGUUUUCUGUAUAUACAUGAAAAAUGAGCAAUUCUGGUCUGCUCAUAGAGCAAAGCUUCACAUGCAAUGAACAGACAUGAGUCAGAAUUACUUCUGGUGGGUGUUCCUGAGCUUUUAAAAACAUACACAGAUUCAGUUAAAGGAGGAAAAGUGGCUCCUGAACUCCUCUUCUUUCUCAAAGAUUUUCACAGAAAUAAUGUUGCUGUGUUUAUCCCCACUGGCUGUUAAAUCUUCAGAUAGUUACAGAAUUACUUAGAGUUUUUAGUUCUCCCUUUAGUGGAUACAAUUGAUUUAAAAGCUUUAAAAUAUUAGAAAGGAAAAAUUGUUAAGAAAUAAGUACUAAGCAGUGUGGAUUAAACAAUUCAUUGUUUUUCACUGUUGCACAUAUUCCCUAAUCUUAUAUUUCAAUUUUUUGUAAGUUUUCAUCUGUUUUUUGUGUUCAUUCAGUGCCUUAGGACAUGAAAAGAAAUCCAGUACAUAAGUAGCUAAUUAAAAUCUGACUGACCUUUGCAUUUUAGGGCUCAGACUCCAAUGUAACACAAGCCCUUUAAGUGUUUUAUCUGGACAUGCAACUGAGAAUGUGGUUUCUCUGAGGAGCCUGUCCCACAGACAUCUGCAGAUACUGUGUGCACAUCAGCAGUGAUGGGGCCCUUGUAUGCAGAGCUGUACAUCAGACGGCUUUCAUGAGCACAGCAACAUUUGUUAGGAUUUCUCCGUGUGUGAAAUCCUGUACUCAGACAUCUUGCUUGUUCAGAUAAAAAAGCCUGAAGAAGGCUUGUGCCAAUUUGCUUGCCUAUAUUAAAUAAACAUAAAAUAAAUUAUGCCAAGCAUUUCUUUCAUGAGACCACCAUUACACUAGAAACUUGACCAAAAUAUAACAUUAAAUUUUAUUCUUUUCUCACUCCUUUUGCCUAGUAUUUGCUUGUUUCUGUUGAGCUAAAGAAACUAAAUAAAACCCCACUCCUGCACAUUUCACUAAGAACCCUAGAGCAAAUUAUACCAUUAUUACUAGGGUCAUUUUACCUCUUGACUAAAUAUGGCAAUUUUAAAGAUGCAGUGCAUUAUAAUGUAAUAGGCAGUAAAGAAUUUCAGGAAAGCUAUAUAAAUAUUCAGGUAUGAUGCAUAGAACUCUUUAAAAUACCAGCACCCAACCGCCUCUUUCCAUCAUUAGUUGUGGCCUCCAUUUCAGUGAUCAGUUCUAAAGUUUUAAAAAAUAAUGCUGGUACAUCCUACGACACUAUUCCUUAAGUAUUUCAAAAGUAGCCUUGAUGACAAUUAUGUAUAGUUUUUUAGGAAUAAUAAUGCAAGACUGAAUUUUAUAAGCAUUUUCUAAUCAAGAGAGCAGUUAAAACUCAGAAUUGAUGCAUUUCACUUAAGCUUCUUGUAAAUUUGAUUUUUAAUUCAUCUGUAAAUGGCUGAAAUGUUUUUAAUAACACAAUGUCAGGUUUUGUUUCUAUUAUAUAUUCCCUCUUUUUCUGUAUCUACUAAAAACUGGUAUUUUUGUAGUUAUUUAACCAUAAAGCCUAUCUGAACAACUGUGAGAGGGAGAAUCUGUAUAAUUAAAAUAGUCUUCAACUAGAAAA